AGUCCAUCACAACAUUUCCCCUUCCCCGCCCGACUCGCCGGAAGUGCAAUCCUCCCUCGGCGCUGUCCUAGCAACCGCGUCCCUAGCAACGGCGCGAUGCAGACGGAGCGGGUGGCGCCCCUGGCUCUGCCUCGAGGGCGGAAGGUCUUUUGCGAGCUGUGCCGAGCACCGGCCACGGUCCGCUGCGGUGGCUGCGGCGUCACCUUCUACUGUGAAGUGGAGCAUCAAAAUGCCGACUGGGUCAGCGUUCACGAUCAGAUAUGCCAACUGCUCAUUCAUAGCAUCGUCACCUUUUAAUACCUUGGAAAGAGACAGCAUGGACGAGAACAGAAGAUCAGCAGAGAAAAGUUCAUAGCUGAACUGACUCAUAAUGUGGCCCAGAAAUUCCUGUUUGAAGGCAAACACGAUGACGCUUAUCCUCAGAAAUUGCAUUCUCUGGAAUUCACCAUUAGCGUAUUUUGGAAUUCGCUAAGGGUGCCAGCUUACAUCAUGAUAGCAGAGGCGGUUUCAGGCCUGGGACAUCUCUCCCAAGCAGAGGAAUACCUCUCCCAAGCUCAGUGGAGUGUCCUCAAGACAUCUCAGUGCAGCUCCAUCAUUCAGUCCAAGCUGCAUCGUAAUCUGGGGCUCCUGUUUGCAGCCAAAGGGAACUUUGAGGAGUCUUUGUACCACCUGGCGAAUGACGUAGUGACAGCCUAGUUCUAAAGCAAACUUUGUAAUUGUCAAAACCCAUCCAUCCACCUUAAUAGGGUGGCUUCUUACAUGGCCAAUGUUUUCUUCCGGCAGAACAGAAUGGAUGUUGCCGACUCCUUGUACACCGAGGUUACUGAAAUUUGGUAUAAUCACUUCAGCCGCUUUAUUGACUGCCAACUCAAGUCCCUCUUGAGUCGAGCCCAAAUCAAUGUGUUACCCGAGGAGGAGACGACUGUAGAACUUCUUGAUGAAGGCCAGCGAGCUGAAGCCACACAGAUGCUGACUACCAUCUUGGAUUUCAGAGAGCAAGAAUCCAAGCCACAUCAGACCAAAAUAGCCAAGGUGGUCCUUGCUCUGGCCAUGUUCCAUUACUUGAUCUUUGAUACACCAAAGGCUCAAGAACUCAUUAAGAAAACUCAGCGCAUCAUAAAAGCAACGCCGGUUGAAGAGCUGGAAGACUGUCUUCAUCGCUUUUUAAAACUGAUCAAAUCGAAGCCUUUCUACGCCAAAUAGAAGCGCCUCCCAACCCAGCAUUUGGCUGAGGUGGAGUGGCAAGCUGCCGAGCUCUCUCUGUAGCAUUUGGCUGGGUCUCCUUAACAUUUUAAUUAAAUAUAAACGUGUUACAUUUCUGUGAAACUGCCAUACCAGUCUUCACUCAACAGCACUUGUGGGUUAGACCUAGUGGUGCAUUAUUUGAAAGUGGUACCAUACCUGCCUGCCUGCCGCUGCACUGUCCGUGUGCCUCACUUCACCAGCUGUCCGACCCCUCAGUGCUUCUCAGCCACUGGCAGCAAGCUUUGAGGAGACGUUCCCACUGCCCUGAGCCAACAAGAAGGUGCACCACUGGUGAGCAGGAGAACUAACCCAAGGCUGGGUACCUGAGGGGUGUGCUGAUGCCAUAGGUGCUAUUUUCUGUAGAUACGCCCCUGUUUAGGCCCAGGAGGCCAGCAGGCCUAAUGGGGCUCUCAGGUAUGGAGGGGCUGAUCCCGUAAUAAUUCUCACUCCAUUAGAAGGAUUGCACAAAUAUGUGCUUGCACUGUAGCCUGCAAUCAGGGCUGUGUUUGUAAAGUUCUGCAUCCUGAUGUAGUGUCAAGAAGAGCAAAUUUCUCCAACUUGGAUGCAUUAUUGACACUGGGGAGAUUUGUAUAAUUUUUGCCUGGUUUGAUCUGGUUUUGCCAAUCCUGGGGGGGAUGUCGAGAAUCUCUGGGGCACAGUGAAACCCUCCUGCCCACUUGAAAUCUUAUUUGGCAACUUCCCCAGCUCCUUUGAUUUCAGAAGGCAGAUUAAGAAACAAGUAAUUAGAAAAAGAAGAUUUUUUCCCUUGCCUUUCUCUCCUGCAAGAAGAUUCAAGGCGGCUUACAAAUUCCUUCCCUUCCUCUCCCCACAACAGACACCAUGUGAGGUAGGUGGGGCUGAGAGAGUCUUGAGGGAAGUGUGAC